AUGUGUACCAUGGAAGACAUGAUGAUCAACAACAAACAACAAACAUGUUCCACAACCACAAAACCACUCACCAUGCACAACAACUCUCACAUCAUCUCCAAAACUAAACCCAAGAUUCGCAUAAUUCACAUAUUUGCACCCGAGGUCAUCAAAACGGACGUCGCGAAUUUUAGGGAAUUGGUUCAAAGACUAACCGGGAAACCGGUUGAAGAAAAGAAAAAAUUGAAAACAAGAAAAGAGUCUCAUAAAAGAAGUAGUUUUUCACAAGGUGGUUUGGAAGUGAGGGAGAAGAUCAAAGGGGAAGAGGACAUAUGGGUUGGAGCUAAUUCGGGUGGUGGGUUUUUGGGCGGGUUUGGUGAUCUUGAUGGGUUCAUGCAAGAGUUUAAUAACCAUCAUACCCAUGGGUUUGCACCGGUUUUACCAAAUAAUCUUGAUGCACCUAAUUUUGUGAAUUCUCAUUUGGAGUAUGGAUUUGGGGAAAGAUCAUUGAACUUGCCUGCCUACAGCUGA